AUGUACGAGACAAGUCCUACUAUGGAGCAAGCGCAGCAAUGGCCCAUGCAGCAACCCUUACCCACGCCAAUCGACCAGUCAAGCCAUAACGAGCAGGAUAUCUAUGAUGACCAAGAGCUCAUCGUGGACACCGAGGGCCUCCCUCAAUUGGACACUAUCGAAGCAGACCCAGGCAUUGAAGAUGCUGUUCACCAGGAUGAGACAAUCCCGGUCGACAACCACCCAACUGCUCAGUCCUCGGCGACUGAGAACACCACAUCGCUCAGUCCAUCUGCCUCUACAGAGAUUGGCCCAAGCGAGCCUCUUGCCCAUGAGGUUGGUAUGCUGUCAUUGGCCAACUCCAAGGAGUCCAAAUAUCUCGGCCCUUCUUCGGGCGUACCCUUUGCGCGCCUCAUCUUCUCAGCCAUACCUCAAUCUCAAGGCUUGUCAGUGAGCUGGUCAGCCCCAGAAGGAGGGACAGUGGCGCGGAAACCUUCGCCUGCCCAUCAUCCCUUUCCACCUCAUUGGACGUCUGAAGUCGACUUGCAGCAUUUUGCCGACGCAUACUUCCAAACUCUCCAUCCCCUAUACCCAUUCCUUGAUGAGGAUAGUAUCUCUGACAACCUAGAUUGUCUUUACACAACUCAAAAGGCAGGGUCUAUGCAAAUGCCUCCUCUAGCAGAGGUUGAAGCCUCGCUAUCCCCGUUCCAUUCAGUUCAAGUAUUUCUUGUUCUCGCGUUGGGUGCUCGAAUCUUGGAGUCUCGGCUCUCCGUAGAGUUCUCAUCUGAGAGGUAUCUCGCCACAGCUAUGCAACGGAUUGGCACCCUGGCUUUGCAUGACAGCAUAGAAGGACUACAGAUCAUGCUGUUGCUAGCCUUGACCAGCUUCUACUUCGAAGAAGGGCCAAACGCAUGGUUCCUUGUGAUGAACAUCAUUGCGAGCUGCUUGGACUUGGGCUUCCAAAGACGUGGGGUUGACAUGCACCGUCAUUCCCCUUUAGCAAAGCCUAGCACUGCUCAUAUUCGUCUCAACCUGAGGCGAGGCAUCUUCUGGUCUGCUUACUCACUAGAGAGAACAUUAUCAGUCGUCCUUGGACGUCCUUUGACCCUUCGAGACGAGGCUAUUGAUAUAGAGUUUCCUGGCCAUGUAGGUCGUCCUGGAGAUCAUGUAGGGGACUCUGUCGGCAGCAGUGCGUUGACACCAGAGAGCGCUCGCUCUCCGCACCACUCAACAAAACGGGCAAGGGUCAUGGUCAACCCGUAUGCAGCUGCACAAUACUCUUUCAAAUUCGACCAAAUCACAGCUGAAAUCAAGCUGAUGAUAUACCGUGUCGUCAAUCUGCCAAACAGGUUUCCAUGGCCUACGGACUUCGACACCUGGCAGCCGGAUGUCCGCAAGCGCUGCGACGCACUACUUGAAGGGCUCAGAGCUGAGUUUCGUCGGGGCUUUCGGCGAAGUACUUUGGAUGGUGUCGUACAAAGUCUCGAGCUGAAGUACCAUCACUGCAUCAUGCUUCUCUACCGUCCGUCACCCGCCAUCACCAGGCCAAGUUUCGACUGCUGGAAGAUUUGCUACGAAAGCGCCGUCGCCACGAUACUGAUCAACUCCGAGCUACACCGGUUCUCGAAACUCUCGAACAGUUGGCUGACAGCACAUACGGUCUUCGUAAGCGGUAUCACUUUUCUUUACUGCUUAUGGGUGGUGCCGAAGAUCAAGCAAGAGACGUCGCUGGUGGCAUUGAAGAGCAACGCAGACGCGUGCAGCAACCUCUUGAAGUACCUUGCCAAGACAUGGAGUGUGGCUGCCGAUGCUGUGUUGAAGUAUGAGAGGCUUGUUUAUCUGACGACGGAGUCAUGGAAAGCUGCCGCGAACCGACCUCCCAGUGCAGAAGUCGCGGCUGGCCAGUCUCUCGUGUCAAUGGCACAGGGACAGGAGACGGAAGCCAGCGAGAUCACGUCUGCACCGAUCAUGGACCCAAACCUCUAUACGAUGGAUGCAAACAUGGGAAUGGGAGGAGAAUUUGAGGCUGACUCAUUUUUCAAUGAGCUAGGUUACAAAGACUCCGGUGCCGAUAUCGCAUACAACCUAAGUCUCUCAAGCGAGGUUCAAGUUCUUAGCCCGCAUUCGCGACCAGACCCUCUCAAAGAUGCCGAUUGGUGUUUCCCCGACAACGAAGACGGUAUUCUGAGCGCGAUUGAUAAAGGCGCGACGCAUCUGUGGGCGAACACGAUUCUCUUCGCCAGCCACCCGCUCCAGACCUCGGCGCGCAUCGGGAAACAUGAGAAGAAAAUCAAGGUUAUUGGACAAGGACCUCUAAUUGUCGAGAAGUACGAUGACAAAGAUUUCGUCAACACUCUCCUGCGGCAGCAAGGGAGCUUCACUAUGCCGUGGGCCUGCACCAUCCACGCCAAUAAGGACACGCCUGACUAUAAAUCAUAUCCGUAUCCGGUGGUUGCAAAGCCUGCACGUGGUCGCGGCAGCCACGGCGUUAAGGUCUGCCAGGAUGAGAGCGAAUUGAGUUCCCACAUCAAGCUCCUGAAGUCCGAGGCAACCAAUGCGAUCAUCGUGGAAGAGUUCCUUGCAGGCGAAGAGGCCACGGUGACAGUCAUGCCUCCGACGUUUAACAAGGGAUACUGGUCUCUGCCUGUUGUCACCCGAUUCAACCACCAAGAUGGCAUCGCCCCCUACAACGGCACAGUUGCUGUCACUGCAAACUCUAAAGCUGUUGUUGGCUCUGAAGACCCUGCUUAUGAGGAAGUUGCCAAGGAGUGUGAGAAGGUCGGGAAGUUGCUUGGUACCACCGCGCCUAUCCGCAUCGACGUUCGUCGGUUCAAGGCAGGCUCCAAAUUUGCGCUGUUCGAUGUGAACAUGAAGCCGAACAUGACUGGGCCAGGCAGACCGGGUCGAGAUGAGCAAGCGAGCUUGACACUACUUGCAGCAGCAGCUCUUGGCUGGGACUAUAAGGAAUUGCUUCGUCAGAUUCUGGGCACAUCAUACACGCUUGAAGCACUUAGAAAGCUUGCGCCUCGUGCCUAA